UCUGCUGUCGACGCCUCCUCACUCUCACCGGGUCAGACAGGAGGACACCAGCCCGGUUGACGAGGAGAAUUAAGCGUUACGUGCGAGGAAAAGCUUUCUAAUCUCUGAUCGCUUGGAUUAUUGCUCCAACGGACGGGAUUUAGUCCCUGUCCGUGGUUUUUUGGCCACUAUUUUACGCACCGCCUUUUCUGCGGUCGUAUCCGCACCCUUUGCAUUUUUGCACGAUGGAUUAAACACUCAUUAGUUUUAACCUAGUUUUUGAUUUCUCUUUGAAUAUUUUAUGGAUUAUUAAUGGACUCGCAUCAUGCUAAAUGAUGGUGAUCUUUUGGUCACUGCAGCGCGCAGCCGUACAUUGGAUUAAGAGGCAGAGACUUUCCACAGCUCCUGGACCGAGCGCCCGUUGUUUCUCCUGAGACACUCUGACUCGUUUCCCACCUUGCGACUCGCAGGGAUGGAGAGUGAGCUGAGACCCAGGCUCUGUUUCCUCACCAAAGGAGAGCGCGGAUACGGCUUUCACCUGCACGGGGAGCGGAAUAAAGGCGGACAGCUCAUACGCAAAGUGGAGCCCGGCUCCUCGGCUGACCUGGCCGGGCUGAGACCAGGAGACCGAGUGGUGGAGGUGAACGGGGAGAAUGUGGAGAAAGAAAAUCACCAUCAAGUGGUGAAUCGUAUCCGGGAGGUGGACCACCGCACCAGGCUGCUGGUGGUGGACAGAGACACGGACGACUACCUCCGCAGCGAGGGCCUGGCCUGCACCGAGGACCUGGCCGUCGAGAGGGGAAACCUCUCCCCGCUGCCCUCGCCCGCAGCCACCCCUUCCCUUUCUCCCAUCCCCAGAGAGUGUUCACCCAUGUCACCCAACCUCACACACUCAUUUCACCCUCCUGCUGCAGACUCACCCACUCAUGUGAUUACACAAGGCAAGGUCAAGAGAUCCUCAGUGACAUCAAGUACAACAACUGACACAGAGCUUCAGUCUGAGCCCUCACCAGAGUUGACAACUGAGCUCUUCCCCCGACUGUGUCACGUUGUGAAGGGGGAGAACGGCUACGGCUUCAACCUGCACAGCGAUAAGACCAAGCGUGGACAGUUUGUCCGUUCUGUGGACCCUGGUUCAGCUGCAGAGAGUGCAGACAUCCGGCCCGGAGACAGACUAGUGGAGGUGAAUGGAGUGAACAUCGAGGCUCUGAAGCACUCGGAGGUGGUGGCCCUCAUCAGAGCAGGAGGGGAGGAAGUCCGCCUCAUUAUGGUCGACCAGGAGACGGACAGGCUCUUCCACAGACUAGGGAUCACACCCACUACCAGCAAAGUCAAAGGGGUCUAUGUGGACGAGUCGGCCUCAGAAAGUGUCCCUCCCACUCCGUCUCCCACCACUGAACUGCCAGGCACGGAUGCACCAAUCAUCAACGUCACGCUGACAGACUCCCCGAUCACAACGGUGUCUCCGAAGUCCCGCACCAACGGGAGCUCAGCAUCCCAGUCUUCUAGAAGCUCCACCACCCAAUCAGAGAUCAGCAGCUCAGACAUGAGCAUCCAGGUGCCUGAUGAGGACGACAGGCGUGUUUCAGACCCUUUCAUGGACAGUGGCCUGCGACUGAGCCCGACAGCUGCCGAGGCAAAGCAAAAUGCCCUCGCCGGCCGCAACAAGAAGAGAGCGCCCCCUAUGGACUGGAACAAGAGGCAAGAGAUCUUCAGCAACUUCUGACACAUUACGGAUACAGUGACAAAAAACAGAAGAAGCAUAAGGAUUGCAUCAACGAGGAAUGACAUCACGCUUGCUACCGUAGGUGUAGGCGUAAUCAUCAGUACAGUACCUACAUCUUGGAGCCGCAAAUGAAGAAUGAUGCGAAAAGAUAAAAAUCAAGUAGUCACCUUUACAUAAACUGUGUAACGAUUUAGGCGCGAAGGAGGUCGGUGGGUCACGUAGAGCGCGAUGGCUGAACAGAUAUGGGACGGUCUGGUCUACGGAGGAUUUCUGUGAUCUGCGUCACCAGCGCGUUCCGUCCUUACUGCAGUCGCCGAGUACCAGAGCUGCGGUUGGACACGACGAGAAGUUUUAAUGCCUGUUGGGUUUUUUAACAUGUGCAAUGUUAGCCGUUCAGUUAAGUUGAAGCCUGAUACAUUUCAAAUAAUCUGACGUUUUGGUCUUGUUACUUGCUGGUGCCAUUAUCCCUUUGAAAAGCAGUUUGCACACUAAGCACAAUGAAUCCUGGGAUAGGUCGGCCUGAGAAGGAUUUGACGCAAUCGGUCUUCAAAUGCAGCCUCUGAUGGAGGCGGCCCCUGAAUUGGGACACAGCAGUAGUUACAUUCAUAUAGUGCAAUUAAUAAGUUGUGUUCUGUGUAAAAACACAUUGUAUUUAUCUUCUCUAGAUACGGUAUCUUUCUAAGGACAAGGCCACGUGCGGAUGUGUCAUAAACUUUACAGCAUGCUGUACUAAACAAGGACAUUGAUGACCAGCAGACCAUCAACUGAGAGACUUGUUAAUUGAACCGGUGCCUGCUCACGACACAGUGUCAGAGGCAUGAGGGGUAACAUGUGAGUCUACAGCAUGUGUGUUCUCCUGUUUGUGUAUCACACAUAUUUUCGGCAUAUGUGUGGUUUGGGGCCACGUUUACUGUAGAUAUGCUUUUCUGUCUGUAGAUGUCCCUUUUAUUUUGGAAGUUUUAUGUCUUUUUCGGUUUAAUAUGAGUUUGUCCCCCCGCCGCAGUUGUCUCUACAUUAACGUUUUGUCAGUUUAAUGUAGAUACAAAGUGUAAACUGGAAAUACAGAGAAAGUGGGGGAGGCUAAGUUAUCACAUGUAUGUUUGAUCACCUCAGUGCUUCUCUGGAAUGUCGGUGAUUUCUGUAAAGGAAAAUAUUUAAAGGACAAAUUAUUGACUUGAUAGAAAAAAGCUCCACAUCGAUCAUUUCUUGUAGGUUUUUCAAGGAAGUUUCUCUCAAAUUAUGUUGAGAAAUACAGUGUCAGAAUAUGAAUGUAAAUGCCAGAAAAAGAAUAUUGGUUAUGAAUACGCAAUAAAAAAAAAUCUGGUGAUUAUUACAGAGGUCCACAACUCUUGUUAAAUGAUAGAUUUUUUGGGGCAUUUGCCUUUUUUGUGAUAUAGAUACAGAUACGAUAAAGAUGCAAACAUAAUAAAAUCCCGGGGACAGAGAAAAAGAUA